UAAUUCUCAGGUUCUAUUAACGAAACUAUCAACCGCCCACUCGAUAUCCGCUUGUUCGGCGAUCCAUGGCUCUCAGAACCCUAAACCCGCCAUGGCGUUGGAGGCCAGAACCCUCGUCCCUGAUCGAUGUCCGGACGACCCUCCUCCUUCCUCCGAGAAGAUCGGCCCUCCCUCCUGCCACCGUCGCUGUCGGCGCCUGCGCCUCCCGACAGAUCACCGCCGGGAAUGGCGGGGUUUGGGAUCCCGUUGUUGGUGGCGAGGCGAGGAACAGGGUGCGGAAGAGUGUCGAUCUCGCGACGCUGGGGAACCUCUGCGUAGACAUCGUUCUCGGCGUCCCGAGCUUGCCGUCAGCGUCCAAGGAGGAGCGGCGGGCAUACAUGGAACGGCUGGCGGCUUCGCCUCCUGAUAAGAAAUUUUGGGAAGCUGGUGGUAACUGCAACUUGACCAUUGCUGCAUCAAGGCUAGGACUAUUGUGUUUAACUCUUGGUCAUGUUGGCGAUGAAAUUUACGGGAACUUUCUCCUUGAGGUGCUUGAGGAUGAGAACAUUAAUUUUUUAGGAAUGAGUAAAAAUGUUGAUGAAACUUCUAGUAUUACAGAUUACCAAACCCUUUUGUGCUGGGUUCUGGUUGAUCCAUUUCAAAAGCAUGGUUUCUGCAGCAUUGCUGAUUUCAGUGAGGAACCUGUAUUUAGUUGGAUGACUGAGCUGACAGAAGAAAUUAAGAUGGCUAUCCAGCAAGCUAAGAUAUUAUUCUGCAAUGGUUAUGCAUUUGAUGAAUUCUUCCCUGAUUUGAUCAUCUCUGCACUUGAUUGUGCUAUUAGUAGUGGAACAUCAGUAUUUUUUGAUCCUGGCCCACGAGUUAAAACUCUUUCAAAUGGAACCCCUCAAGAACAGAUGGCACUUCAGCAAUUUCUGUGGCAAAGUGAUGUUCUUCUUUUUACUUCAGAUGAGGUUGAGGCAUUAACGGGGAUCCACAAUCCUAUUGAGGCAGGAAAGACACUAAUCAGAGAAGGUGCACGAACAAAAUGGGUCAUUAUUAAGAUGGGUGCGAAAGGAUCAAUUUUGAUUGACCACACCACUGUGUCAUGUGCUCCCUCAUUCAAGGUAAAUGUUGUUGAUACUGUGGGGUGUGGCGAUAGUUUUACUGCAGCCAUAGCUUUUGGAUUUCUACAUGGCAUGCCUGCGAUUAACACAUUAACACUGGCAAAUGCAAUAGGUGCUGCAACUGCAACUGGUUGUGGAGCUGGUAGAAAUGUUGCUCAUUUGAACAAGGUAUUAGAACUACUCAAGCAGUCAACUCUCAAUGAGGAUGAUAAUUUUUGGAAUAAACUAAUUUGUGGGAAUUCUUUGAACAAUGAAGUUUUGCUUCUGUCAAAAGUCUCCAUAAACGGACACAACCAUCGCCUUAUCCGCAUUCCUAUUUCCAGUGUAGUACCGAAACUACUUACAAUAUUUGAAGGUGCAUUUAGAAGCACGGUGUCAACUUGAUUAGGAAUGUGUACUUUAGUCUCAUGUUAAUAUUACUUAAUUUACAUGCAUUUACGAAAGUUUGUGCCAGAAUGCCCAAGUGGCUGUUUUAUGAAAUUUUGAUAAUAAACACAGAAAUGUUCAUUUUGCUUAUUACCAGAGGUA